CCUUCUUUUACUUUUUAUCUUUCUUGCAUUUCACAGCAUACAUUCACUUCAUUCAUUCAUUCAUUCUUCAUUUCAGCUCGUCUACAACAACAUCAUCCCUAAUUACAACAUAUACAUUCAUUUUUAAGCAAUGCGGCCUACUCUAAAACAGCCGCAGAUCGCUCUGCCUUUCUUACUUCUCUUUCUGGUCGAUGCUCUCUCCAUCCUUUCUUUUCCAUCACAUGCUGCAGCUGUAGUCCCAUCCCCUAUUCCUAAACCUGCUUCCAAAUCCGCACCUCGACAUGACCCUUUCCAUGGCCUGUUUGGCCCACCUCCUAGUCUGGGUGAUGUUGGCACUUCGGGACAAAUGAAUGCUGCCACUGCACGGAAAGGGCGCAUGGUCAAUGUGCCUUACUUUGUUCAGCACCUGAUUUCAAAGCAGAACAAUAACAGUAACAGCAAGCAGCAGCACAAUCAUCAUCACCAUUCACCACACUCUCAUUCUCACCACAGCCACCACAAUAAUCAUCAUGACCAAGAAAAACAUGACCAUAGUCUUCACAAGUCAGAACAAUGUCGACAAUCGAUGCAAAUUGAAAACUCACUCUGUGAUUACGAUGCAGUUGAGACUAUCAACCGUGAAAUGAGAAAGCAGCUCGAGGUCCUUGUCCGACAAAAGUUUUUCAAGUUUUAUAAAGUCAAUUUGUACGAAUCAUGUCCCUUUUGGACGGAAAAUCAUCUUUGCAUGAACAAAGAUUGCGGCGUCGCUGUUAUCGAUGAGAGCGCUAUUCCUGAAGAAUGGAGGAGCGCAGCCCUCGGUGCUAUCUCUUCUCCCAAGAACGGCUUUAAUUUUCAACCAUUCAAGAGCUGUCAACUCAAGGACCAGGACUUUUGUCAGGUGGAUGAUGAGGCAGUUUCCGAAGGUGUAUAUGUGGAUCUAAUGCAAAAUCCUGAAAGGUUUACGGGCUAUUCCGGCCCAUCAGCAGCUAAAGUCUGGGAUGCAAUCUAUAACGAGAACUGCUUCAAUAUUGCAAAAAGGAUGCAACUCGAAACGGAUUGUGAACAAUGCUCAUUGGAUCGUCAGGCAAACGAGGAAAUGUUGGCAGACAAACUAAAGUCUGCUGCUACAGCUGGUGUUUCUAUGGCCAGGAACCCAUUGACUGUUGCAUCAAGCUUGUCAGAACCAUUCAACCCUUUGACAGCUGGUACUCACCAGGACGAGGAGCUCUGUCUGGAAAAGCGGGUCUUUUACAGAAUGAUCUCUGGGCUGCACGCAUCUAUUUCUAUCCAUAUCUGCGAUGAACACUUUAAUCAAACGUCAGGAGUCUGGGGCCCCAAUCUUGAAUGUUUUGUGUCAAGGGUUGGUGCUCACCCAGAUCGCCUUGAAAACAUCUUUUUUGACUAUGCAAUUUUGGUCCGCGCUGUGACCAAGCUUUCGGGUUAUUUGAAGAAUUACGAGUUCUGUACUGGUCACCCAGAGGAGGACGCUCAGGUUAAGGCCAUGGUGGACCGUUUGAUUGAGACAUCGAUGAAAUCGCCCGCAAUCUUUGACGAAAAAGCCAUGUUUGUUGGACCUGAAGCGCAAGCACUUAAGCUUCAGUUCCGAGACCAUUUUAGAAACAUUACCAAGAUCAUGGAUUGUGUCGGAUGUGAAAAAUGUAGGCUUUGGGGUAAAGUCCAGACCUCAGGUUUGGGUACAGCUCUGAAAGUCCUCUUUUCCUAUAAUGAUGAGCAUUUGAACCCUGUCAAUAACCCAAAUCUGCUGCAGAGGACCGAAAUUGUCGCUCUUUUCAAUACCUUCAACCGGCUUUCCGAGAGUGUAGAAUCAAUUACCAAAUUUAGAGAGAUGUAUAUGCAGCAAUAUGGUUCUAAUAAGAUACCAACCGCAGCAGCAGCCAUCGAUGUCGAUACUUCAGCAAUCAGUCCUGUCAACUCAGAACGCCAGAAGCAACAACAGCAGCGGCAACAACAACAGCGCUCUGAGCCUAUGCCAGUACUAGAAUCAACACAAACAAAAAAUGAGGUGGAUAGUAAAAAUCAUCCAACGUUUUCCGGAGUCAAGCCAUACUUCACAUCUGUACUGGAAAGCCGUAGAUCAUUUUCACAGCCUGCACAUAGAGAAUCAAUAACAGCUAAUCAUCGUUCAUCUUCAAAUGGUCAGCGCGAUUCAUCAUCGCCCUAUCUGUCAAUGAGCACGAAUCGAUCGUUUUUAUCACGCCUUGGAAUGUAUCUAAAAGGUACACAGGAAUGGAUGCAGAUCAAGGGCGCCGGAUUCCGCAGCCUGAUUCUGGAGAUGUAUGAACACCCAAUGUUGUUAUUUUAUGGCGAGCAAAGAAGUGCCCGGAGUAAUAUCAAUAUGCCAGCCAAGAACUCAGUAUCAUCUUCCUCCUCAGUAGUCCAAGAAGGUGACAUAUAGAGCCAUGAAAAUAUAUUCACAAUUUGUCUUUUACAAAAUAUUAAAACAAGUGUAUUUAUAGAAUUUUUAAAAACGAUUUUAUUAUGAGAUGGCAAAAAUAAAAAAUGAUGGU